ACCAGCAGGUGCCGAGGAUAGAAACGGACAGGGUGCCAGGAAAAAAAAGCUAGUUCAUCAGGGAAAAGUGUGUUAAAAAAUAAAAGUAAAGAGCAGAAGAAAGUCAGACAGAAACUAUAAUAAAAUCAGUUUUUUUCUGAAGCUGGAGCCCACUUAUUUUAUUUUUCAGCCACCCUCAUUAAGGUCUUUACCCUCCUUUUUCUGCAUACGGAUUCUUACUGUCCUCAUCUUUGACAGACAGAGCCACCAUGGACACCGGGAGCCCCAGGAAGAUACAGUUCACUGUUCCCCUACUGGACACCCACCUGGACCCAGAGGCAGCUGAACAGAUCAGAAGACGCAGACCCACACCUGCAACUUUAGUGGCAUCCAGUGAUCAGUCAUCACCUGAAAUAGAUGAAGAUCGUCUCCCAAACCAGUUGUACAAGGCAGCCUUGUUGAACUCUCCUCGACAACGGCGAAAAGGGCAGAAGGGAACACCUACAAUGAAAGAGCUGCAGUUUCUGGUAGAGCACCACCUGUACAGGCAGCAGCAGGGAGCCGGGGACGAGUGCUCCUCAGAGAGCUGCCUGUCAGACCGGCCCAGCCCCGACUCUGUUCCAGCCGGGGAGGAGCUCCCGCACGACGAUGAGGCCACUGCAGAGGCCUUUGAGAAACUGCGCUGCCAAAUGGAGGAGUUCUCAAGAGAGAGUCUAUUAGAAGCUGCUGGUGGACUGGAGUGCCCCCUCUCCAAGGAGAAAGGAGAGUGUUCCAGCGUUGCCAACAUAGCAGAUCCCUCAUCGCAACAAAACAACGCACAAGCAGACACAAAAGCAGCCGCAUCCAGUGCAAGUCAGCCGGCAGAGGAGAAGACAAAGAAAGGCAGCCUGGAGAAAUAGAGCGGUCUUCUGUACAACACAAAGCUGCUCGGUCUGCUCAGCCAGCCAACACAAUGACAGAAGAUUGUGUCUGCAGAUCCACUUUUAAGAUACAUCAGGGCAUCUAUGUUCCUCUACAGUCAGGCCUUAGUUUCCACCCCGAGAACAGGAUCAAAGAUUUCUACACUUAUUUUGUGUCAAAAAUCCUGUUAAUUAUUUAAUUAUAAUAUAUUUGUUUUCUAUAGCUUCCCCUGCACUAAAGUAAAACUAGCUUAAUGUACAUAUGAACCAAACUGGGAGUCACUAUUUAGUUAAUGGAGAAAAGAAAGAGUGUUCUCCUGUCUCAGUCACACAAUCAUUAUCAUACUACCACCAAUCACGUUCUUAUUGUCCCCUUUAGCAUUCAAAGAAAAACAAAUAUUCUAUUUACAAUCCUUUUAGACAGUUUUUUAUCCAUAAAGAUGUGCCAUGACUCCUGCAAUUAUUGUUUCCAUCUCAAAGCAAUAAAGAUGUAUUUGUACCUCAUAAAUAACUGGGACCGAAAACAUUCACUUUUAAAUUCAAAUGCCAUAAUUUAUUGGGUUAGAUGCAGGAUCGUAACUGAGUAGAGAAAGCAUCCGGGUUGACUGACAGUUUAAAUGAAAUACAUACAUUCUUGUUUGUUUACACUACUGGAUUGGACAUCUACAAAUAAUUAUACAAAUAAUGUUAUUUUUCUGCUACAGAAUGUAGAGCUGCAACAACAAGUCAAGUAAUCCUUUGACAGAAAAAUUAUGGGCAAUUAUUUGGAGAAUCCAUUAUUAUUUUGAUUAAUUUUGAUUCUGGUUCCAGCUUCUACAGUGAGAGGAUUUGUUGGAUUUGAAGAUGUCAUCUUGAACUCUUAAGAGACAUUUUCCACAAUUUUUUAGACAAAGCAAUUCAUCAGUCAAUCAAGAGAAUAAUCACUCAAACUCAUUCAUAAAAAAUAAUUACUAGUUGCAGCCCUAACUGCAUUACAUAUACUCUCUGUAAAUUACUUUUCCUGUAUUUCACUGUGAGGGAAAAAAAUAGAAACCAAAAGGGAGAACUUUAUAUUUUACAUUUUUUGGUUUCAUGAUGGCGCCACCUAUCUUUGCAUUCAUUUGAUCGAAUACUGUUAUGGUAUACCCAUACAGCCACUCAAAUCACCUGAUUUGAAACCAUAUUUCCAACAAGUCUUCCUACCCAUACGACGACAUAAGUCAUUUGUUCCUACCCUCUUAUACGACCCACCGAAGUGUUUAAAUUUGGUCAGAUGUUGGCAACAAUACUACUUGGCUAAGUUUAGGAAAAGAUCACAAUUUGGAUUAGAACAAGUUAAUUUAAAGUUAAUUAAGUUACAGUGUAUAUGUAAGUAAAACUAUGUUUUAAUAUAAAAAACGACAGUAACAGCGGUCUCCAGGACGAAAGUUCUUGUUCGACCCAUCCAUCCAACCAAACGUCCCUCCUUUGUGGACUUUGUUGCUCUUUAUAGUACAUUACUAGAGGUCGCCCAAACAAUAAUCAUAAAUAUGGGUCGGAAUAAGUUGAUGUACAAAUGACCUAUGGGGUCAUUCUUUGGGGGGAGGACAGCCAUCAGCCUGCAACACACACACAUUAGCUUCCUGUGAUGUCUUGUUCUAACUUACAAACAUGAACACGCUUCUUGUCCUGCACCUUAGUUUGUUAAACGAGACAUCAAACAAACAUUCACAGGGGAAAAGUGCACUGCUAACGUCAGUGACCACAGUCAAUUAGCUGCUCAGCUGCGGCACAUUAAACAGCAUGUAAACUUUCCUGAAAAAUGUCCGGUUAGAUGCUGCUGCAGUCAUUACUCUUCAAUGGCACUGCUACAGGCUGUCUGCCCUUAAACAGCUGUCAGUCAAACCCAGACACAGCUACCCACAGAUACUGAAAGUAUUUUGAUACUUCUCUCAAAGACCCCUUUGUUCCUUUCAAUAAUACAAUUUAAUGACUAGACUUGAUUUGAAGGAAUCAAAAAAUACUUGCAACUCGACUUGGAUUUUAACACCAAUGACUUGUGACUUAUCUUGAACUACCAAUUUACAGCAUUAUGUCAGCCAUUAUAUCUGGUUACAGUAAUAGACCUAUAACAUGGAUUUUACCAGCUUAACUGUGUGGUUUCAGACAGCAGGCGGCUUGUGAAGGGACCAGGUUUGUUUCUUUAAUUAACCAGCGACUAGCGCACCACCCCAUGAACAACUCUUCUUUUUAAUAACCCUCCCACCCAACAAUCCACCAUGAAACUGAUGGAAGAUGGGACUCUGAAAAAAAGUCACAAUUGCAUAUCCAUCUGCUCCGUCAGCACCACAGACAGCGCCACGGAUUCAUCAAUACACAGCACAGUUAGGCUGCUGAUAUUUCAGAACCGUGAUCGGGGCAAUGGAUUUAAACUAGCACAAACCUCCAUCAGAUAAAGGAUCAAUGAAUCAGGCAGACUAGACUAACAUAUUCAGCUAAACAGCACCGCCGCCCUCUUCUCUAUCUGCUACAAGGAGAUGGAGAUGGCAGGUUAAAAAGGGGCAUGCUAACAAGCUACCUUCGCUAACCUUCUCCCCUUCUCAAUUUGCCUUUUGGCUGUAAAUCUAAAAGAACAAAAGGAAGCAUGGGACAUUACAGAGGGAUUUGUCUGCAGAUGCAUUUACAUAUUUUAAUUUAACAAGGAAAAACACAUCUCCAGUAAGCAAAUUGCACCCUCAUAUUUGACACUUGAAUGCUCGUUGGGAAUCUAAAUCCUGCUCAUAAAACACUUUCCUGCAUGGCACUGAAUGUACAGUUACUACUUUACUGUGCUUCAUUUUGUAUGGGAACUAAUUGAAACAGCAAAUCAAACAUUUUAAAUACCGGAAACAAAUAGUAAUUACUGGCAUUUCCGUUUGGUAUGAAACAAGGACAUACUGAAGUCUUCACCACACUCUUAAAUGUUAUUUCAUCUGUUGUUUGUAUCACUGAAGUGGCAUUAUUAUGUAGAUUAUGUGACAAUCAUUCCAUAACAUUCACAUUAAUACUUGACAUGCCUGAAAGAAAAAAAACAAACUCAAAACAGAAAACUAAAGCCACCCCAGUAUUGAUCACACCAAUGACCACAAUGAACAACAAAGAGUAAAAACAUUCCUGUGCAAGCUUUUGUUUUUUCUUCUACAGUAUAUUUAUGGACCAUGUAAUGUUUGUUCUGUUUUUGAAUGGUAAUAGUGUACUUUACAUGGAUUUAAUCUGGGGAGUUUUGUUCCAAUUUUACUUGAAUUGAUUGAUGAUUACAUCUGUAAUCUAAAUUUGUUUGAUACAAUAAAAAGUUUAAAUUGGUGA